AAUCUAUUCAUUAUGCAGGGAUAUCCGAUGUUUUGAUUGAUGAGACAGAUGUUCUUUUAGCUAUUCGGUAUGGCGGUUUAUUUCAUUAGCGCGUACGUUUUUUCUGCACUGAUAUUCGGAAAAACUUUCAGGCGUAAUUUGCAUGUAAAUUAGGGAUAUUAGGUUCAAAAAAUGUAAUCCCGUGGUAUUUCCCGAUUGAUGUAAUCGGGUAUAUGUGUACGGCUCAUCCGAGCGUAGAAUUUCUAAACGCGCCCCUUCCUGGCUGAUGACAUCUACAAAGGAAAAGAAGAAGAAGACCGCCAACACCUCACAGUUGUUUGGCCAGAAAGAAACAUGACAAUUUUGAAGGAAUUCGGAAAACCAACUAGUAGUACACUGAUACUACAAUGUAUUCCAAGCAUUUUGCAAAUGUAAACAAAUGAUGUUUUAGUGGAAAUGAAGAUGAUCAUUUCAUUGGUACUGGUAUUACGACUCUCCUAGUGGCUUCGCUUCUAGAAGAAAAUCAAGCCCAAAAUAUAUAAGAAAUGUUUUGAUUCGGAGAAAUCCGCAACAUUAAAACUUAGGUAUAGGAUAUUACAUAUUUUUGCUGUUUGUUUUCUAGACUGCUUUGGAAUGUCAGGCAGACAGAAUGAGUUUCCUCUGGAAGCUCUUAAGGUACAUGGCCCCAAUUAUUUGAAACAUGCUUUGACCAGCUGCACGGAUCCUUUAAAAGCCAUAGAAGAGUUUCAGGUAACUAAUGGAAUUUUAUUGCCCUCGCUUCGGCCAAUGUUGCCGUUAUUAGAUCUCCACGGAGUGAGGAGAUUAGAUUUUCAUAUGUCCGUAGUUGAGGAACUGCGCGAAAAACUGAUCAGCCACAUUAAUGAAUUUGGCAAACAGGAGGGUAAAGAGAGGGAUCACAAAUUGAAGGAGCUGUUGAAUAAGAGUUUUCCUGUUAUCAAAGUGAAAGCGAUGAGACCGAUUAUUAUGUCUAUUCUGAAGAAUAUCCCUCAAAUAGACGAUCACUAUCUGAAAGUUCUGGUGAGGGACAGGGAUUUAUAUAACGACACCAACACCGAAGUGAAAAGACAAAUUUGGAAGGACAAUCAAUCUUUGUUUGGAGACGAGGUGUCUCCUUUGUUAAGCCAGUAUAUUACAGAAAAAGAGAAUGUUCUGUUUGACCAUUCCAAUUUGAGCGUUCAAUUUUUUGGACCGUCGCCAAAGGUAAGACGGCAGGGUGAAGUCGUUCAGAAGUUAGCCCACAUGAUAGGCAAUAGCGUCAAACUCUACGACAUGGUUUUGCAAUUUUUGCGUACCCUAUUUCUCAGGACUCGCAUAGUGCAUUACUGCACCCUCCGGGCGGAACUGUUGAUGGCCCUUCACGACUUGGAAGUCCAGGAUAUCAUAUCGAUCGAUCCGUGUCACAAGUUUACGUGGUGUUUGGACGCUUGCAUUCGCGAGAAAAACGUCGACAUUAAGCGAUCGCGCGAGCUGCAGGGCUUCUUGGAUAACGUGAAAAGGGGACAGGAGCAGGUACUGGGCGACUUGUCCAUGACUUUGUGCGACCCUUACGCCAUAAACUUUUUGGCCUCUUCGGCUAUCAAAAUUUUGCAGCAUUUGAUACACAACGAGAGUAUGCCGAGGGACAAUACAAUUCUGAUUCUUUUGCUACGGAUGCUCGCAUUGGGCCUAAGCGCAUGGGUAAUGAUCGAUUUACAGGAUUUCAAAGAACCUAAGUUGGACAGUCAAGUUGUAACGAAAUUUUUGCCAGCAUUGAUGAGUCUAAUGGUCGACGACCAGGUUCGUCAACUAUCCACGAAAUUGCCGCCAGACGAAAGGGAGGCGGCCAUUACAAUUAUAGAACACUCUGGUCCGUUGCCCGAUGCAGUCGAGGCUUACAUUCAAGAUAGCAGCGUAGCGAGCAUUCUGACGAUGUAUUACACCUUGCAUGCAGCGAGACUAAAAGACAGAGUGGCAUUGUUGAGAAUCCUUACCGUUCUCUCAAACUGUAAGGACGACCGCGCUUUCGAGGAUCCAUUUUUGCAUUCAUUUGUGUAUUUCCUCAUUAACAAUGGCGACGAAUUCCAGGCCGAAGAUUUUUGUACGGCACUGUUUGACGAAUUUUUUUCGGCGGGACUCCACCGAGAUAAUGUAAUUCGUCAUUUACUGAAGCUCUUAUGGUACGUCCAUUACAAAUUGCCGGCCAGCAGGCUUCACGCGCUACUGAAGUCGCUGCAGCCGACUCACCAGCACAGCGAAAAAGUGCACAACCUUUACAAGUUGUUGCAAGAGAAAAUCACGUCCCAAGAGGGGACCAGCGUAAACACCGAAAUGGAUAUCGAUAUUAAUUCGCCAUUGAUGAAUGUUCCCACACCAGCACCUUAUCAUCAUCAUAUAUAAAAUUAUAGAAUAAUUUACGCUGCUGAACAAUUCAAAAAAUAAAACCUGUCUUUUUAUGAAUACUUUGGACCAGCUAAACUUUUAUUUAACAAUAUAUACAGUAAGGGUGGAUUCAAGAUUCAAAUUUUGGAAUGUUAGCAGUUGGUCAAGGAUCUAAUGUAACUCCUCCAUAGCUAUAGAUCUUUAUCUAGAUUCGUUUUCUUUUUUUUUUUCCUUUUUUCUCAUUGUCUUGGUGGAAUCUGCAUUUAGAUUUAUAAUGUUUAACAAAGGAAUCCUUAGGUGACUUGUCUUACAAUAAUCUAUAUGCGACGUAUGUUGGUGAAAUAUUCUGUAGUACCUCCAACCCUCAAAACUCGCUAGCCUCUGCAUGCUACUCAAGCAAGCAACCAACUAUUCCAUAGGCUAUUGUUUGUCUUACCAUUAUUAGGUGCACCCAAAGAGUAAUUUUUGAGUUUAAAUCACAGUUCUUUCCACACGUAGUUCAGUGCAAUUGUUGCCCUAAGUAUGAUGCUUUGAAUGUGUGAUUUCCAAAAAUGUAGCCUCUGCCCAGGACUGUAAGGACUCGCCUGUUAGUAAAUGUCACUUUUUUCGUGCUUCUAUAGCCGCUUAACUCUUCUUUGGCUC